ACUUCGGUUUCUCAACGAUAAAUACAUCAAGUGCACUCGCAUCUCAGAUCACAUUCUGAUUCCUAAUUGUAAACAAAUCUUCUUUCGCUUUAAAGUCCCCUCCUCUCCCCCUUCUUUGGUGUUUGAAAAUUUCGGAUCAAGUAUUUUCAGUCACAUUCACCAAUAAUAUUUGUCUAUCACAACCAAUUUGCAUAUGGCCAUGUUGGGGCUCGGAGACCUUGUUCUUAUUGCUCCAACCACUUCCAUGCACCAACAAAACCAAUACAUUUCCGCUGAUCACCAGUACUCUAAUCCUUCUUUACCUUCCUCAGCCGCCCUUGGUUUAGGCUUCGGUAUUUUCCCGCUUUUAACUACCACUCCCUGCAUCACAGCCCCAAACUCGAAUAACCCCAAUUAUUGGAGUCUAGAGAAAGGCCAAGAACUGAUCAGUUCCUCAAACAACUUCGUAAAUGGUUGUUCGGAUCUAAUGGUAACGAGUAUUGAGAGUGGUCUGAGGGUUUGCAGGGACUGUGGGAACAAGGCUAAGAAGGAUUGUAAUUAUAGGAGGUGUAGGACUUGCUGUAAGAGCCGUGGUUAUGAUUGUGCUACACAUGUGAGGAGCACGUGGGUACCAGCAGCUCGGCGGCGAGUUCGGGGGGUAUCAAUGGUGGGUUGUGACGAGGGUGAUGGUUCUUCUGGGUCAUCUUCUGGAGUUAAAAGGCCAAGAAUUGAGGUGUUACCUCCUAAUAUUACUGUAUCUCAUGCUUCAACAUCUCAUCCUACGACUCAAAGGAGUACUGGUAUUAGCUCUAGCCACCAAGAUGCAAGUUUUAAGCAUUCCUUACCACGCCAGGUCCACGCAAAGGCGGAAUUCAGGUGUCACAGAGUAGUCGCUGCAGUUGAUAAAGGUGAAGCGGAAUGUGUCUACCAGGCUACAGUGAGUAUAAGUGGCCAUCUGUUCAAAGGGUUUCUCUAUGAUCAAGGUGUUGAAGAUAAAAACUCCUUCCCAUGUAUUUCACAAAUGCAAUUGGAAAGUAGUAGUGGAGGAAGGAAUGGGAAGUCUUCUUCAAUUGUGUCUCCAUCAAAUGCGCAUCCAGGUUCUGCCAGCUGAAGAUUGCUCAGUAGUAAGGCCUCAGACACCCGUGACCCGAUAGCUGUAAAUUCCUCUAGCCAUUGAUGGCAGAUUAGAGUACGAGAAAUGUUUACUUGUCUAUGGUUUUCUAGUAUUUUCAUGGUCCUUCUAUGGUCGGGAAAGGUUCCAGAAACAGAUAAACAAAUGAAAAUUGUAGAUGGCUGUGGAUCACAAUGAUAGUCUUGUCAUUUUCUGUCAUUUCCAGCUUUCUCAGAGGAAAACAUGACCUAAUUAUCUACUCAAUGGAGCAUGAUUCUCGACAUGCAUCAUAUUAGGACUGGAUGUUGAUAUUUGCAUGUGAUAAUUGCAUUCAACGUGCUUAUACUUAUGUCGCUACUUUAGUCCUUCAUUGUUGAGACAAAAAUCAUGAGACUUUACAGAACAACUUAAUCUGUUUUUCAUAUGACAGGUGAUGGAUGAGAUCCGCGUGUGCAGGCUUUGGCUUUCUGGAUAAGUUGAAAACAUCAAAAGCGGGUAUUCUAAAUUGUCUUCUACAGAGUAUAUAUAUAACUACAUAUAGAUCAGCACACAGGAGACUCUCCGACUCAUACACAAGAAAACAGCAGGUUAUAUUAGGGUUUCAUGGUGACUGCCUGUAUAGUUUUCCAAUGGAAAAUUUGUCCUAAAUGCUUCAUUCAGUGUAAAAUUUUUCAUUUCUUGGCAGUGAGGCAAAUUAAAAGUUAUUACAGUUCUCAAAGUAAAUUUGAGUGAAAAGGAUGUUUCAAAGGAGAAGAUCCCUGGGAGGGUUUUGUUCUUCUUUCUUUUUGAGCAGGUAUAAUGAUGUAGAACAGUUUGUCAAUGGAUUCUUAUAAUAGAGGCUAGAAGUCAAGAGGAGGGAAUUAGAAUGAAGUACAAAUAUGAAGGAUUGCAAAAGUUGCACGAUCCACGCUCAAGUGUCCAGUAAUAAUUUUUCCAUCUUGAAUUAUGUCAAUAUGUAUUUUUGUAUUACCAUUGAGGUUUUGAAUACCGUUUCGGUUAAGAUACUAGAACGAAAUAUUUUGAUACGAAAAAUACUUUAGUCAUAAAAGGAUUACAUACAAGUAAACCCACAAACUGAUGUGGUUUCAUGUGGUACGUCAGAUUGUAAAGUUACAUUUAUUACAAAGCAGAUCUAAUAGAUUCUAUGAAGUCACAUCAAUUUGUGGGUUUAGCUUUAUGUGGUACGUGAAAUUGUAAAGUUACAUUUAUUACAAAACAGAUCUAAUGGAUUCUAUAAAGCCACAUUAAUUUGUGGGUUUAUUUUUGUGUAA